AUGACAACAUACGGUGCGUUCACUGCAUACACACUCCCAUCAACUGCUAAUCCAGCUUCAUUCAAUUAUUCGAUGAGCAGCGUUCCGCAAAUGACAAUGUUUGCUGGAAGUCCCUAUAGUGCAGCAAUGAUUCCGCGCAAAAAUCGGCGCGAGAGAACGACGUUUAAUCGGCAACAAAUUGAAAUAUUGGAGAGUCUCUUUGCUCAAACACAUUAUCCGGAUGUGACGACUCGUGAAAAAGUCGCUGAGCAAGUUCAGCUUCAGGAGAGCCGUAUUCAGGUGUGGUUUAAAAACCGUCGCGCAAAACAUCGUCAACAAGAAAAACAGAAGCCAAAACCUGAUGCAUCAAAUGCUUCUGCUACUGCUAGUGCUGCUGCUGCACCACCAGGCCCGAAGCAAAAUGUUUCGCCUACUUACCAACCACAGAUUAGUAGCGAGCCAGAGACAGUUGACACCAAGCCAAUUGCUCUGCUUCCACUUGAAACUCCAAAACGAGCUAUUAAAGCCGAGGUGAUCACUACUGCAGACACUCCAACUUCUACUGAUAACUCCUGGAAUGCGGAUUCAACUACUUCGCCAACUAGCCAGGCCAAUAAUUCAACCUCAUCAGCAAGCAAUACUUCUUCUUCAACAACUGUUUCUAUCAGCAAUCCGACAGUUUAUAACUCGUAUCCAUUUUGUCCGAGCUAUUAUGCCCCAAUGUUUGAAUACAAUAGCUAUACUAAUUCACAAUACAAUCCGUAUGCAAACCCAUAUCCGAAUCCCCCGUAUUUCUUUCCAAAUGGUUCCCUUUAA